CUCCCUCACUCCCAGUUUCGGACAGCUGUGAAAUUUCUCCGGCAAACAGUUUAUGAUUCUGACAACAGCAUCUGGGAGAAAACAUUCCAAAAUAAUGCAUGUUGGCGUGAAAAGGUGCACCACUACUCCGCUGAACUAAUUUUGGGGGAUGUUUAGUACAUUUCCAAGUUGACUACCUUUGAAUGUAUGGCGGUGAAAAAUCUUUCCAUCCAUUUUCUGACAAUUUUUUUGAGUAGGAGCUAUACAAAACAUGAAUGACAAUUGCAUUUCAGUUAGUUACAAUGAGAUCUUAAAGGAGGUGAGUCACGGAAUUUUGAUUUAUUUUGGCCAUGUGCAAAACUACCUUUAAUAAACUGAAGGGAACCUGGAAAUAGUAAUUUACUAAGAUAGAAAAACACCAAAGAGAUAAUAAAAUAAUAAACCACAAAGAAGCAAGGAUGGUUGAGCAUGGAGAAGAAUAACACGAAUUACAAACGAGGAAAAAUUUGGGCUAAACUUUUGAAGAUGCGAGACUGUGACAUGGCUCCUUUAAAAGAACCUUAUAAUUUAUAAAACACCAGCACAGUAUCUUUAAAUAUUUUCCCUAACUAUGUAUAGAUUCAUUGUUAACCUCUCGCAGCAAAUUCAGAUACGAUCACACCCCGAAUCCUCAAGCACUUAUAAGGACUCUGCGUAUUUUCGUAAAACAUUUCCUUGCUUCUUUUGGCUCCUGAGAGAUGUGACGCUUUCCAUUCCAAAGGAAUAUGAGGAUAUCAGGGACUACUUUUUAAGAAAGGUUUUUCAAGAAAAAGUUUCAUCAUCCACAGACCAAGAGACAACUGUAGUCGCCAGCAUUCUGGACUUUUUCCCUGUUUUUGCCGCGUUCGAUUUACCUCCUCCUACAGUUAAUAAAGAACUUUUGGAGAACAUAAACCAGAAAAAAAGCCAGCUCAGUCCUCCGUUUUUGAGAGGUUUAGAGCAGUUGAAGGUCAAGUUAGAUACAAUUUUGUGUCCCAAACGCAGUUUCAAUGAUGGGGAAUUCGUCACUGGAGAAGCCCUUGCCGCUCUAGUCAGCGACUACGUCGCGGCCCUGAACACUCCCGGUGCUGUCCCUAAUGUCCAAAGUACAUGGGAGACGUAUAUUCAGACAAAGUGUUCUAAGGUAAAAGCAGCUGCCAUAAAGUUGUAUGAAGGUACAAUGACGUCCCAGCUGGAUGGUGCCUUACCAUGUGACAGUGAGGAGAUUCGCCGUGUUCAUGAGAUGGCAAUGGAGGAAAGCAUGAGGGAAUUUGAAACAGGCACUGUCCAAAUCUCUGCUGCAAGUUGUAAAAACUACUUGGAAGAACUCAUGGAACACAUGGAAAACGAUUUGAAACGAUGGCAUGAGAAGAACCAACGACGUACUAAGGAAGGCUGUCAGGAACUGCUGCAGGACCUCAGAAAAAAGCAUUUGGAUCCCAUUCUCCAGCGGCUGACUGGACCAAACGGAGCUGCAGUCAGUUUUGAUCAAAUAGAAGGUAGCUUCUUGGCCAUUGAGCGUGAUUUUAAGAAGCUAGCAAGGGGAGCCAGAGAUGUUUGUGCCCAAGAGUUUUACAAGUUCCAGCCGGAGCUGCAGUCAGAAAUGGAGAAACACAAGGCGCACUUGAAGCAACUUAAGGAUUACAACGAAAAGUUGUUCCAGGAAAGGAAAGACAGAGCUCUCCGAGAGAAGGAAAUGCAACGGAUACUGGUAAAAAUUCAUGCAUUAUACUUUGCUUAAGAAUUUGGCAGUGCUUUGAAAUUAUCUUAUGAAAUUAAGAUAAUGACUCUCCUCGCUCUGGAUCAUCAUCAUCAUCAUCGUCGUCGUCGUCGUCUUCGUCUUCGUACAUACAUGCAUGAGAAGGAAUUACGACUCAGCUCCUGAGAACGUUUAGAAAAGCUAGUCACAUUCUUUCCCUGAACCGUUGUGAAUGGACAUUCUUGUUCCUAUUACAGUUUUGGGACGUCUGCACUUUCGCCUUUCACGGCCUCAAGCCAAAGCCAGAAUGGCGAGUUCUUCAAGAGCCCCCAUGAUCAAAAAAUCUCGAUCGAGAUACAUUUUUUGUACAUUUUCGUACACAAUAGGGGAAUUUUUGUUUACAAUAUUUGCCUUAUUAGCAUACGCAAUUCAGUUUCUGAUGGAACUACAAAUAAAUCAGUUCUGAAUAUUGAAAGGUCACAGUACGAUUGACUCUGCCAACAUGUAUUGAACGUUUU